AUGGCUGCUGCUGCUGCUCCAGACUCUACUUACGACUUCAUCAUCUGCGGUGGUGGCACGUCAGGCUGCGUCGUGGCAGCACGCCUCGCUGAGGAUCCUAAUGUCAAGGUUCUCGUUCUAGAGGCUGGUCCCCAUAAUGAGCAUCUUGAGGACGUUCACAUGGUUGGAGGGCAAGUACCCCUGCUCCUUUGGUCUAACAACUUUGACAAGGAGACAGACUGGAAUGUCGUCUCUAUACCUGGCCCUGGUAUCAACAACCGCUCUGUGAAGCUUAGCCGAGGCAAGUUCCUUGGUGGCUCCUCUGGCGUCAAUGGCACUCUUAUGGUUAAGGGAAUGAAACAAGAUUAUGAUGACUGGAACCUGCCCGGAUGGAGUGGUGAUGAUAUGUUCAAGUAUAUGCUCAAGGCUGAGAACUUUCACACAAAAGAUUGGUUCAAGGAGACCAAGGGCGCCCAUGGCUAUGAAGGUCAUGUCCACACCGAGCCUCAUGACUUGGCUCCUAUCUCCAACUUGAUCGGAGAAUCCAUGGUAUCAAAGGGUCUACCUCUUGACCACGAUAUGUUUUCAGCGGGUGUGAGACCCCACGGGUGCGGCCACUCUGUCAGAACAGUUUACCAAGGCCUUCGUACCACUAGCGCAGACUUCAUCACCAGGCAGAAACCCAGAGAAAACCUACACCUCAUGGUCGAGACACAUGUUGACAAGGUUAUCAUUGAGAAGGACGGCCACGGAGAGUUGAAGGCCACUGGUGUUCGAGCAGUCAAGGCCGAUGGAUCAGUCGUUGAGCUCAAGGCCUCUAAAGAGGUCAUUAUAUCUUCCGGUGCUUACUGCUCGCCCAACGUCCUCAACCGAUCAGGCAUCGGUGCAAAGGUCGAGCUGGAGCAGCACGGUAUCACAACUCUCGUCGAUCUUCCCGGCGUUGGAAAGAACCUCCAGGAUCACUUGAUCGUCUUUAUGUUCUACGAGACUGACAAGGGGGGGCUCACCACUGACUCUCUAGUGUACCACGGUAAUGCGUUAGAAAAGGCCUAUAAGCAAUGGAAGGAGGAGAAGAAGGGCCCUCUAACAGUGUUCCCAUUCGGAAUCUUUGCCUACGCUCGCAUAGAUGAGCGUCUCGCCGACUCUAAGAUUUGGAAUGCAGCCCCUCGCAAAGAAGGCCGCGAUCCUAUGGGCCUUACUCCCAAGCAGCCUCAGAUCGAGUUCUUUACCACUGAGUGCUAUGGCGGCCCUAAGCAGUACGACCAAUUCCCCAUCGACAACAAACAUGCUUUCAGUAUGAUCGCCGAGCUCUUCGCUCCCAAGUCCCGAGGCACCGUCACUCUCCGCGACGCCUCGCCAACUUCUGUCCCUGUCGUCGACUGCAACUACCUCUCUGACCCUCUCGAUCUCGAAGUCCUCGCUGAAGCAUGCGCCUUUGGCAACGAGAUCAUCACCGAGGGAUCGGGCACCAAGGACAUUGUCAAGGGUUCAUGGCCCUCAGAUCUUGUGCACCACAAGUACAAGACGCGCGAGGACUGGAAGGAGUACGUCAAGGAUAAUGCUACGACUUGCUAUCAUGCCAGUGGAUCGUGUGCCGCUGGCAAGAGGGAUAACCGGAUGGCUGUGGUGGAUGAGAAGCUACAGGUCUAUGGUGUUAAGGGGUUGAGAGUCGCUGAUUGUUCGAUAAUGCCAACUGUGAACAACGGUCAUACACAGAUGCCUGCUUAUGGAAUUGGCGAGAAGGCUGCUGAUCUUAUUAAGGAGAGAUGGGCUCUGUCUGCGAAGUUGUAA